AAGAUGCAAGUGGAGGAAACCUGACUGUAGUUCCUAUUGUUGGAAUGGGCGGCUUGGGUAAGACAACACUAGCGAAAGUGGUUUACAAUGAUGAGAAGGUGAAGAACCAUUUUGGUUUGAGAGCUUGGUAUUGUGUUUCUGAGCCAUAUGAUGCUUUGAGAAUAACUAAAGGGUUACUUCAAGGAAUUGGCUCAUUUGACUCGAAGGAUGACGGCAAUCUUAAUCAGCUACAGGUCAAAUUGAAGGAAAGCCUGAAAGGAAAGAAGUUUCUUGUUGUCCUUGAUGAUGUGUGGAAUGAUACCUAUAGUGAGUGGGAUAGCCUAAGAAAUGUUUUUGUACAAGGAGAUAUGGGAAGUAAGAUCAUUGUAACAACACGUAAGGGGAGUGUUGCUCAGAUGAUGUGUGCUGAUCGUUGCGCAAUCACCAUGGGGACUCUGUCUAGUGAAGACUCUUGGGCUUUAUUCAAACGACAUUCACUAGAAAAUAGGGAUCAUCCAGAACUUGAAGAGGUUGGGAAAAAAAUUGCAGACAAGUGCAAAGGGUUGCCUUUAGCUCUAAAGGCACUUGCUGGUGUUUUACGCGGCAUAUCAGAUGUGGAUGAGUGGAGAAACAUUUUAAAAAGUGAAAUAUGGGAGCAGGCAAGUUCUUUGAAAGGUAUAUUACCAGCAUUGAUGUUGAGCUAUAAUGAUCUUCCUGCACAUUUGAAGCAAUGUUUUGCUUUUUGUGCGAUAUAUCCCAAAGAUUAUGUAUUCUGCAAAGACCAAGUUAUUUACCUGUGGAUUGCUAAUGGUCUUGUAAAGCAGUUUUGUUUAGGUAAUAAAUACUUUGACGAGUUGAGAUCAAGAUCAUUGUUUGAAAGGGUCCCAGAGUCUGAAAGGAAAUCAGAGAGAUUCUUAAUGCAUGACCUUAUCAAUGAUUUGGCCCAAACUGCAUCUUCCAAAUAUUGUAUUAGGUUGGAAGAGAGCAAAUCUGAUGAUAUGUUGGAAAAAAGUCGGCACAUGUCCUAUUCCAUGGGACAAGAAGGUGACUUUGAGAAAUUGAAACUACUCUCCAAAUCAGAGCAGCUGAGGACAUUGCUUCCAAUCAAUACAUGGUACUCACCUAACCUAAGCAAGAGAGCAAGUAUGAUGUUAAAAUUGCGUAACAUACAGCUAAGACGAACAUCCUUAAGGGCAUUAAGCAUACUGCCAAGACUAACAUCCUUAAGGGCAUUAUCAUUGUCAGGUUAUAUGAUUAAGGAGUUGCCAAAUGACUUGAUUAUCAAAUUAAAGCUCCUCAGAUUUUUGGACCUUUCUCGGACAGAGAUUAGAGAGUUGCCAGAUUCCAUUUGUGCAUUGUAUAACUUAGAGACACUUCUCCUGUCAUCUUGUCGUUAUCUUGAGGAGCUACCGCUGCAUAUGGAGAAGUUGAUUAACUUGCGUCAUCUUGACAUAAGCAACACUCGUCGCUUGAAGAUGCCGCUACAUCUGAGCAAGUUGAAAAGCCUCCAAGUGUUAGUGGGAGCCAAGUUUCUUGUAGGUGGUAGCGGUGGUUGGAGAAUGGAAGAUUUGGGUGAAGUACAGAACUUGUAUGGAUCUCUAUCAGUUCUAGAGUUGCAAAAAGUAGUUGAUAGAAGGGAAGCUCUGAAAGCAAAUAUGAAGGAAAAGGAACAUGUUGAGAAGUUAUAUUUGGAGUGGAGUGAAGGUAGUUCUGCCGACGAUUCACAAACUGAAAGAUCCAUACUUGAUGGGCUACGGCCAUACACAAACAUAAAAGAAAUCAAAAUCACCGGAUAUAGAGGGACCAAAUUUUCAAAUUGGCUGGCUGAUCCUUCGUUUCUUCAGCUAGUAGAAUUGUCUCUUAGCAACUGCAAGGACUGUGAUUCUUUGCCAGCACUAGGACAGCUUCCUUCUUUGAGAUUCCUUUACAUUGAAGGGAUGCAUGGAAUAACAGAGGUGACACAAGAAUUCUAUGGUAGUUCAUCCUCCAAAAAGCCUUUUAACUCUCUUGAGGAGCUUAAAUUUGCAGAUAUGCCGGAGUGGAAGCAAUGGCACAUUCUAGGAAGUGGGGAGUUCCCUAUACUUGAGUACCUUUCAAUUAAAAAAUGUCCGAAGUUGAUGGGGAAGUUGCCUGAAAAUCUUUGUUCUCUGACAGAAUUAAGAAUUUCAGAGACACCUCUUUUUGAGGAAGCUCAACUGUUAAGAUCCCAAUUUGAGGGAAUGAAGCAGAUUGAGGUAUUAGUUAUUAGUGAUUGUAAUUCUCUUACCUCCUUACCUUUUAGCAUACUGCCCACUUCCUUGAAGACAUUAUGGGUAGCUGAUUGUCAGAAAUUGAAAUUGGAGGAGCCAGUUGGUUAUUGUAACACGUUUCUCGAGGAAUUGACACUGCAAAAAUGUGAUUGCAUAGAUGAGUUUCUCCCAAGAGCACGCAAAUUGUCUAUUUGGAGUUGCCAGAACGUUACUAGGUUUUUGAUUCCUACUGCCACUGAAAGUCUCGAGAUUAAGGAUUGUGAGAAUCUUGAAAUACUUUCGGUGGCAGUUGAGUCUGCGAUGACGUCUUUGGAUAUUUGGGGUUGUCAGAAGCUCAAGUGUCUGCCAGAAAUAGAGCUCUUCAAUUUACAAGUCCUGAAGAUCAGUCAUUGCAAGAAACUAGUGAACGGCCAAAAGGAGUGGUGUUUACAGAGAUUCCCCUGUCUCACUGAGUUAGAGAUCAGACAUGAUGGCAGUGAUGAAGAGAUCCAACAUUGGGAGUUGCCUUCCUCUAUUAAGAGUCUUAGCAUAUCCAAUCUGAAAACAUUAAGCAGCCAAGUUCUCAAAAGCCUCACCUCUCUUCAAUAUCUAUAUAUUGAGGGUAAUUUACCUCAAAUUCAGUCACUGUUGGAAGAAGGUGGGCUUCCCUCCUCUCUUUCUGAGCUACGUUUAGAAUACCAUGAUGAGCUCCAUUCACUACAUCUUUGCCACCUCACUUCACUUCAAUGUCUACAUUUAUAUUGCCCUAAUCUCCAAUCACUCUCCGAAUCAACACUGCCCCCCUCCCUCUCUCAGCUGGAGAUCUCCAAUUGCCCUAAUCUCCAAUCACUUUCUGAAUCAACACUGCCCUCCUCCCUCUCUCAGCUGACCAUCGAGAAUUGCUAUAAUCUCCAAUCACUUUCCGAAUCAGCAUUGCCCUCCUCCCUCUCUCAGCUGACCAUCGAGAAUUGCGAUAAUCUCCAAUCACUUUCUGAAUCAACACUGCCCUCCUCUCUCUCUCAGCUGACCAUCAGAAAUUGCCGUAAUCUCCAAUCACUUUCCGAAUCAGCACUGCCCUCCUCCCUCUCUAAGAUGACGAUCAAGAAUUGCCCUGAACUCCAAUCACUCUCCGAAUUUGCACUGCCCUCCUACCUCUCUGAGCUGAUCAUCAAGGAUUGCCGUAAUCUCCAAUCCCUUUCAGUAAAAGGGAUGCCCUCUUCCCUCUCUAUACUAGUAAUUUACAAAUGUCCAUUGCUCAUACCACUACUAGAAUUUGACAAGGGGAAAUACUGGCCAAAUAUUGCUCAAAUUCCCAUCAUAUUUAUCAAUAGGAAAUGCAUGUGAUGAUUAAAACAAAUGGUGCUCCCACUGAUUGUGGAAUGUCUUUUGCUCAAUCCACACCGAAAAUUGCUCAUACUUCCACCAUAAAUGUUGAUUGGGAGAACCUGUAAUGAUUAUCACGAGUGGUGCUCCGAUAGAUGUAAGUUAUUCUAUUUCCUUAGUAUCUUUCCAUUUUUGGUUAAAUUCUUUUUCUUUGUUACAUCUUUUUGACGAGUGUGUAGCAUCUAUUGCUUCCAUGAAGUCGAGGAAAUAGCUAUAGAUCAGGAUAAACUCUUUAUAUUUGCAUUGAGACAUUGUAAAAGAAAAUCAUAUAUCAUAUCAUAUUAUAAAUGGGAAGCCUCUAUGUCAA